AUGUAUCCACUUUCCUUUCCCAUGUCUCUGGGUUCUGCGUUUUUGUUGAUUUGGAUAAUAAUUCAAUUUCCAUUUUCAAAAUCAUGUUUGCAAGAUGAGAGAAAUUACUUGCUGGAUUUCAAGGCUGGUCUUAAUCUUUCCUCAGCUCGUUUAUCCUCUUGGCGGGGAUUCAACUGUUGCGAGUGGGAGGGCGUUGCCUGUGAAUAUCAUACAUCACAUGUCAUCCGACUUGAUGUAAGUACUGACCAGGGCCUUGACACAUAUGAUGCCUUCACACUCACUGAAGAUAGUUCUAGUAGGGAGCUUCGUCCGUCGCUGUUUAAUCUGCAGCAUCUACAGCACUUGGAUCUCAGCGGGAUUAACUUUCAAGGUAUUUCUAUUCCUUCCCAAUUGUCAAAACUGCAGAAGCUUACAUUUCUUAGCUUGUCAAAUGCUGGAUUUGGAGGCGAAGUCCCUUUGGAGAUGGGAAAUAUGUCAAGCCUGCGUCAUUUGCAUAUGUCAUGUAGUAACACCUUGAAUAGUAAUAAGUUUGAUGUAUGGGUCAGAAAUCUAAGAAGCUUGGAAUUUUUAGUAAUGACGAGAGUGAACUUGACAAUGGCGUCUGAGCAUUGGGGUGGGGCCCUUAGUGGUCUUCCCAAUCUUACCAAGAUUUACCUCUAUGAUUGUGAGCUCUCGGGUAAUAUUCCAGAUCUCUCAAACCUCACCCGUUUAUCACAUCUGCAUAUAGGCUCUAAUUAUUUCCCGUUUGAACUAUCGUCUUGGUUUGCGAACGCGUCCUCAUUGGUUUCACUUGAUCUCAGUAACUGUUAUCUAUAUGAUUCCAUACCUUCCAAUUUCUUGGCCCGUUCAAGAAUGAGCUAUCUUGUGCUUGACACAAAUUUUGAGUUAAAAGGAAACCUUUCUUUCAUUCUAGGCCAUUCUUCCUCACUAGUUGUGCUAUCUCUUUCUGAGUGCAAUCUAGGAGGAGCAUUUCCGCAGUCUAUUGCAAACUUUUCAAAACUGAAGGCCAUAAAUCUGAGGUAUAACAAUUUGGAGGGCAGUAUACCAUCCUCUUUUAGCAACUUUUUAUCCCUUGAGUCUAUCGAUCUGUCGCAUAACAAUUUUGAGGGCAGUAUACCAUCCUCUUUUGGCAACUUUUCGUCCCUUAAAUAUCUGCACAUUAGUCACAACCGGUUAAGUGGUCAUAUUCCGCCGUCUCUCUGUCAGCUUCCAACAUUAAGGGAGUUUGUUCUAGACCAUAACCAGCUGUCAGGAACAAUUCCUGAUUCCAUUUCAAAUCUGGAAGUAUUGUCACUUUCUUCCAAUGAAUUAACAGGCAAACUUUCACUUCAGCUACUUGAAAAUCUAACCCGCCUUAGGGAAUUUCACCUUUCUGAAAAUCAGCUUCUCAUUAACAUCUCUCCAAGCUUGGUUCCUCAGUUUGCCCACCUGGAAGGCCUUGGAUUGGGGUCUUGCAAUAUAGAAGGCGACUUACCUGCAUUUUUGUCCCAGCAAUAUCAGUUGGAAAGGCUAGAUCUUUCAGAUAACAACAUUGUGGGAAAUCUUCCUUCGUGGCUAUGGGAUCUUCCCUAUCUUCAAUAUCUCAAUCUUUCAAAUAAUCAAUUGGAAGGUUGUCUACCCCAGAAGAUAUCUAAUGGUUUUCAUGUGGUGGACCUGCACAGCAACAGAUUAUAUGGUUCUCUUCCUGCUCUGGAUUUUGCUUCAGAAAUAUUAGAUCUAUCUGAUAAUGGGUUUAAUGGCUCUAUUCCUGCAAAAAUUGAUAUACCAGUCUCUGUAUCAUUGUCAGGGAAUAAUCUGACUGGACAAAUUCCAAGUUCUAUAUGUUUCCUGCGAUAUUCAACUGGUAAUUAUGGCGCUUUGGACUUGUCAAAGAACAAGCUGAUUGGUAAGAUUCCAGCAAACAUUGGAACAUGUUCUGGAUUAACAGUUUUAAAUUUAGCUCAAAAUGUUUUGCAAGGGAAGAUUCCAAAGGAGUUGGGAAAUUUGAUUGAUCUUCAUACACUUAAUCUCAAUGGCAAUAAGUUGCAAGGUAUUAUUCCUUCAUCCAUUGCAAAUUGUACACAUCUCCAAGUACUUGAUUUGGGGAAAAAUAAAUUUGAAGGUAGCAUUCCUACUUGGAUUGAAAGGCUAACAGAUUUAAGAAUUCUUAGUUUAGCUUCUAAUAAGUUUGCUAAUAGAAUUCCAGUUCAGUUGUUCCGGAUGCAAAAUCUUCAGAUUUUAGAUUUACCUGGAAAUCAAUUAACAGGAAGUAUUCCUCCAGAUGUUAGCAAGUUAUAUGCUAUGGUCAAUCAUUCUCAAAGUUUCGAUGUGCCACAUCCAGUACUUUCAGGAAGUGCUGAUGCUUAUUCAAGUUAUGAACUCAAAUUUGUUGAUGAAGUAACCAUUUGGAUAAAAGGAAGGGAAACUCUAUACGAGAAGAUAAUUAGAGCAGACAAGUUCAUAGAUCUCUCGCGUAAUAAGUUGUCAGGCAACAUUCCUUCAGAAUUGGGACUCCUUGCAGGAUUAAUUUCUCUCAACAUAUCAAAAAAUAAUCUGAGUGGCUCAAUCCCAGAAUCAAUGGGAGCCAUGGAUUACUUGGAAUCUCUAGAUCUAUCAGAAAACAAGCUAUCAGGAAAUAUUCCUUCUCAGCUUUUAAAUCUCACAUUUCUUGAAGUAUUGAAUCUUUCCAACAACAUGCUUUCUGGAUUAAUACCGCAGGGGAAGCAAUUUUCAACAUUUGAGGCUUCUUCUUUUCUAGGAAAUCCCCAUCUUCAUGGACCUCCCCUUGAAAAUAAAACACUGAGUAAUAGAUCAAUGGGUAGCAGAGAGAAUCACAAUAAUACAAGUGCAGAUGAAGAUGGAGAUGCGGAUGGAGAUGUUGUAAUGGAUCAAUGGUGGGCUGUGGGACUUGGGUUAAGUUAUGGAGUGGGAUUUGCUCUUGUGAUUGCAGUGUUAUGUUUCCACAUAAAAUGGAGAUACAUAUGCUUUGCUCUCAUAGACAAUUUUAUCUUUUAUCUUAUGGAACAAUGA